AUCCCAGGCUUUAAGUUUUCUUCAGCUGUAAGCUGCGCCACACUUCAUUUGGUUUUAUUUGUGCCACCGUGAGAAGACCUACGGAGACACUACAGCCAUGGCAGGUGGAUGCAUCCUGGCUUUGAUGGUCAUUGUGGUUAUAUUGAACCUCUUUGCAGCGUUGACAGGACUGGCGUUAAUGGCAUUAGCCAUUUGGGUGGUCGUAGAUCCGUAUAAAAUGUACCCAAUAUGUGCUGCAUCGGGGAAGACUGAUAUCUUCGCAGCAGCCUGGAUCGCCAUCUUCACCGGUUUUGCCUACUUCUGCACUGCCAUUUUUGGCAUCUUCGCCGCUGUGAAAAGGAGACGGUCGCUCAUGCUGACGUACCUGAUCCUCAUGUUCAUCAUCUUCGUUUUCGAAUCUGCCUCCUGCAUCACGGCGGUCACCAACAGAGACUAUCUGCUUGGAAACAGCAACCAGGUGAAGUAUCAGAUGUUGAAGUACUACACAGACAACAGUGUCCAAGGACAGCAGAUCACUAGUACCUGGGACAAAGUAAUGGGAGAUGCUCAAUGCUGCGGGACAGACAGCCCACUGGACUGGGUGGAGUAUAAUUCCACCUUCAUGCAGACGUCCGGCAACACAUACCUCUGGCCCAUCAAUUGCUGCCGUAGUAAUGUUGGCACUGGUGUGGUCGAUCUAAAUGCCUGCAAGCUUGGGCUGAGCAGUGCAAUGUUCAACACGGGUUGUUUCAGCUACAUCCAGUCUACAUUGAAUCGUUAUACCUGGGCCAUUAGCUGGUAUGGCUUUUCCGUACAAAUGUUCAUGUUUUUCGUCCUCCUGUUUGGCAUUGUGUACGUCAUACUCCUGGAAUAAACUGAAUUUUCAUCCAAAAAUGCUAAUGUGGCUUAUGAAUAAAAUCUAAUACGUACCUGUUUAGAUUUUGUUCAUCUAUAGCAUUCUCGCCUUUGGAACAGUGCCACUUGUGAACUUGCCAUUUCUGCCAAGAUCUUCCUUCAAGGCAAACGUUGAUACCGGACCCUGAUUGCACAACACUUUUCACACAGUUUUCCAUUUCAUGACUGCUUGUAACAUGUUUGGUCUUUGAAUGGCACGAGUGGCUUUGUUCCUUUUGAACUUUCGUGGGUUUUCAUUAUAGAUUUCAUUCCAUUCUUUAAAAACAACAGUCCUUUUCAUGGGUUUUUUUUCCUCUUAUGGCAAUUGUACAUUUACAGUAAUAUAUAUAUAUUUAUACUAUGUUUUAAAUCAGUUAAAUGUAUACAUAUGUGGACUGUUAUAAUUGUGUUAAUAAACCUGUUUUCCUUUAUUUAUUCUAUAUUUGUAUGCUGGCCCUAUGUAACAGGACUUUCACCAUGGUGACAGUUACACCCAGUAAACUACAACACAAACAAGAUACCUGAUUCCACAUAGGAGUCGAAUUCUGAAGGCAUCUAAUCUUAGUCAUGUCUGUGUGUAUCUGGGAGUGGAUCCUGUGACAAAGAGGCUGACUAGUUUUACAGGAUAUUCCUCUUGGAGAUAGAGAGAGAGAGAAAUUCCACUCUCAUGUUAUAGCUGAAAACAAAACAAUACAACCUAUUCUUACAGCAUAAAUAAUAACAACAAAUAAAUGAAUUAUGUAUACUGUA